GCUGCCUGCUGCACUGAGGUUCCCGACUUCCUCUUCUUCCUGUAGACGGCAGCGGGACAGCAGCCAGACAGCAGCUGCUAAACAGGGUGGGACCUGAUUCUUGGAGGAGACCUGGCAUAGGACAUGGAUUACUGUGCAACCCUUUUUCUCUGUUUGUGUGUUGUGUCUUCUCAGCGUGGGACAGCAGAGGCAUCCCAGGAGGCCCUGAGCUGGAUGAGGAGAAUGGAGAAUGUGGCCAAGGGACGGACCUCGACUUCCUUUGCUGAGUCCAUUCAUGGUCUGGAGUGUAGGCUGCUGAAUGCCACCUUCAAGGGCAACAAUCUCACCUUGCAGACAUCCACCAUUCAGACGCUGGUUUUCAAACUGGGCUGUGACUUUGCUGGCCUCUCGCUGAACAGUGAGGCCCUGGAGCCGGUCCCUCAGGCCAGGACCCGGCAUGCCAUGCAGUUCCCGGCUGAGCUGACCCAGGAGACCUGUAGGACCCGCUCCAGGGAUCUGCGUCUCAUCUGUAUCUACUUCUUCACUGCCCGCUAUUUCCAGAUUGACAUCAACUCAUCUCUGCUCAAUAACUACGUCCUGGGGGCCCAGCUGGACCAUGAACAUGUGAACAACCUCACAGAGAUGAUCAACAUCAGCUUCUGGCACAACCAAAGCCUGGAAGGCUACUCAGUGACCUGUGUCUUCUGGAAGGAGGGAGCCAGCAAGAGCCACUGGGGGGUCUGGAGCCCUGAGGGCUGUCGCACAGAGCAGCCCUCACCUUCCCAGGUGCUCUGCCGCUGCAACCACCUGAGCUACUUUGCUGUUCUCAUGCAAAUCUCCCCAGCCCCGGUCCCUGCAGAGUUGCUGGCGCCUCUCACGUACAUCUCCAUUGUGGGCUGCAGCGUCUCCAUCAUGGCCUCCUUGCUCAGUAUCCUGCUGCACUUUCUUGCCAGGAAGCAGAGUGACUCCAUAACAUACAUCCACAUGAACCUGCACACCUCCGUGCUGCUCCUGAAUGUCGCCUUCCUGCUGAGCCCCACAUUGGCCAUGCCCAGCGUGCCUGGGUCAGCAUGCACGGCGCUGGCUGCCAUCCUGCACUAUGCGCUGCUCAGCUGCUUCACCUGGAUGGCCAUUGAAGGCUUCAACCUCUACCUUCUCCUCGGGCGUGUCUACAACACUUACAUCCGCAGAUACAUGCUCAAGCUCUGUGCAGCGGGCUGGGGCCUAAGACUUCACCACGUGUGCGGUCAGGCAAGAAACAACCGGCCUGAGCCAGGAAAACAAACUGGGUUCAAGAGGCAGUCCAGAGGCCCAAGAGCCCACGGAUUCCCCUGGCCUUGGGAGCCACACCAGCCCUGGCACUUGUGUCUCCCCUGCAGAUGCUGGGUGCGGAGCCCUGAGGUGCAUAGCAUCCUGGUCAUGGGCUAUGGUGGCCUCACAUCCCUUUUCAACCUGGUGGUGCUGGCCUGGGUGCUGUGGACACUGCACAGGCUGAAGGCGCGGGAGAAGGCGUCAGGCCUCCAGGCCUGUCGGGACACCGUCACCGUGCUGGGCCUCACCGUGCUGCUGGGCACCACCUGGGCCUUGGCCUUUUUCUCCUUCGGUGUCUUCCUGCUGCCUCAGCUCUUCCUCUUCACCAUCUUCAACUCGCUCUACGGUUUCUUCCUCUUCCUGUGGUUCUGCUCCCAGAGGUGCCGCUCAGAGGCAGAGGCGGAGGCAAAGAUGGAGGCAUUCAGCUCCUCCCAGAUGAUGCAAUAGUCUGAACCUCCUGGCCCGGAACCCCCAGCCUCUCUGGCUGCCUGCCGACGAGGCGCUGACUUCCACCAGAGAAGGCGGCAGGCCAGCUGCUGGAUACCAGAGGCCACUGUGCCUUCCAAGGAGGCUCUCCACCUCCAUGGCUUCUCUGGGCCCAGAGAAGAGGGUUUUGCGUGGCCUCCCCUGGCAUUGUGCUCUGGGCAGGUCCAACCCCACGACAGGGGUGGCGAACUUCGCUCAGUCUCUGGGCCUAGCUGGCCAGCCUGGCCUAUGGGCAGAGCCCUGGUCUGGGAGUCAGGAGACCACGUUUCAAGGCCUGGCUCUGAGUCCUACUGUAUGACCUUGGCCUGUCAUUUCUCAGUGACCCUCACAUUUUCGACGUUGGCCAGAUGGCUCCGGUCCUGCCUAGCCCAAGAGCUUUGUGAAGCUUGAAUAAGACCAGGGAGGAAGAGAGUUAAUACCCAUUAACUCUUCAUUAACUCCACCUGCCUGCUGGGUCCUGCUACCUUCCUCCUGGUCACAUCCUGGCCCAGGGCCCAGUGCCCAGUGCCCAGUGCUUAGAGACCUACCCAGUGUUGGAGACCUUACCAGCCUCUGCCUGAGACCUCUUCUCUUUUGACAACCCCCCCACCACAAAAUUAUGACUCCAACUCCAAGGCCACCCUUUGUGACGAUUGGGAGGUCUAUUCCUUCCUUCAGUGAAGGAAAGCUUUUCCCUCCUUCAGUGCUCUCAAGACUCCUUAGGUCAUUUGGACCAGUGGCUGGGGCCAUAGGGCUUUCAGGGGUAGGGCGGAGCACCUCUUUUUCCUUCAUUUGAGCCAGCUCAGGCUCAGUGACCCAGCUAUUUGAUGCUGUGUAGGAUUGAAUUUUCCUUGGUAGAAGUGAGAGUGUGGGUUCUAAACCCAAGCUCAGGCCACAGUUGCAGAGCAUCACCAUUGAUUGCCCUUGCAUGACCUGUUAGAUUAGACCAAGUGGGAGGCUCAUGAAGCUAGAGCCUUUCCCAGAAUGGACACCAGGGGGCGCUGUUGGUCUGUGCUCAGAGGCUGUUGGCUCCAAAACUGUGUCUGGAAAUGCUGCGGUCACUCGACUGCAGACAUCGUAUAACAGAUGGAGAGGCCCUGCCUCCAAGACUGCGCCUGCUGAGUGACCAGCAGGAGGAAUGCCAGCACUGUUUUUACGGCCAUUUCUCUUUUCCCAGCACAGUUUCCUGCCCUGGCUUUUGGGGUCUUGCGCCCUGGGCAUACCUGGCACUAGGGCAGUGGGCUGGGAUAGGCUCUCAGGGCCCUGCUCCAGGCCAUCAGACAGAUUUUAAUGACUUUGAACGAUACAGAGAGGAAAUUGGGCCGGAUCCCUUUUGUUAUGCCCUCUGUUCACUUCUUGAUGCAAAUAGCCCUUCACUAGGUGGUGAGUGGUACAGAUUCUGGAGCCAGAGUGCCUGGGCUCCAAUGCCAGCUCUGCCACUUGCUAGCUAUGUGACUGUGGACAAGCCACUCAACCUCUCUGUGCCUUAGUUUUUCCAUCUGUAAAUAGGGGUAAUAGAAUAUUUAUUUUGAAGGUUAAACAAAAUAAUCCAUAUAAAGAGGCUUAGCACAGUAAGUGCUCAAUCAAUGGUCAUUAGUGUUAUCAUUAGUAUUUUU